UAUUUGGAACUUUGUAGUAGGGAAGGAUGAAUCUUGUUAUUCACACAUUUAGCAAAACAAAAGCGAGAAUAUGACCAGUGACCACCACCAGCCACCAUGAAACCGGAUUACUCAAUCGCCAUCCCACUUUCAUGUUUAGCAGGUACUGCUCUUUUUUGUACGUUUCAUCAUCGAUGCCAAAUUCUUGUUUAGUCCAAUCAACUAUUGAGAUGACUACUCAAUUGCAUUUGUAUCGAAUUGUUCCUUGAAUUCCACGGUUAACCCUAAAACGACUCUGAGGUGCAUCGACAACAAUUCGCACCGCCGACAACUCCUCUAUCUCAGAACUGCAGGUAUUUUUCCCACAUAGUUUGUUUCUUAAGUCCUCUAACCGUUAAUUGCUUUGAAUCACUAGUCAAAUUGUCUAAUACGCUGAAGAUGCUCCGGUGGAGUUUGGGUUUCGGGAAAAACUGCAAAUUUCCCUGCAAUCACCAUAGUAAUCUAGGGUUUAGACAUAAUCAAAGAUACAGUUUAGUUAACGUAAAAUUGAAAUGGGUGAAGGAUAAUGUACUAGAUUCUGUUGUAACCGGUGAAAAAGAGCUCAGAGCAGCCUGGGUAAUCCUGUCAGUUAUAGCAGCCGAUCCUGGUUGUUGCCUCCCCAUCUACCGUCUCUCCGGCCGGCGGAGAGGCCAACUGGGUCUUCCCGAAGACCUCAAAGUUUCCACCUUUAUGAGAAGAUACCCAAAUAUCUUCGAUGAAUUUCAUCUUCCUGACACCGGUGGUACUCUUGUUCCCUGGUUUAGAUUAACCCCAGAUGCUAUUCGACUAAACCAAGAAUCCAUGGCGGUUUUCCAGCAAAAUCAGAAAGAUUUACUCGAUAGAAUCAUAAAGCUUCUUCUCCUCACAAAAGACACGAUUCUUCCUUUACAUACAAUCGACCAAUUGAAAUGGGAUUUGGGGUUGCCUUACGAUUAUCUCGAUUCUUUCAUCUCAAAAUACGAAAAUAUGUUCUCUUUGAUUCCUCUUCCCCACAAUCGUCUCGCUUUAAAACUCAUAUCUCCACCCAAUGAGCUUCCCCUUUCCCAAUUAGAAACGAAUGCAGAAGUUGACGAUGUUAAAAAUGGUAGAUUAAGUUUCAAUGUGGGAUUCCCAAGGGGAUUUGGGUUAAAUCGGAAAUCAAUGAAGUGGUUGGAGGAAUGGCAGAGGCUCCCAUACACAUCGCCAUAUUCCGAUUCCAGUCAUUUGGAUCGACGGACGGAUGUUUCCGAGAAGAGAAUCGUCGGAGUAUUUCACGAACUUUUACAUCUCACGAUUGAAAAGAAAACUGAUCGCCGGAAUGUGAGCAAUCUCCGGAAUCCAUUGAAUCUUCCUCAGAAAUUCACAAAGGUUUUCGAGCGUCAUCCUGGGAUUUUCUACAUCUCAAAGAAGAACAACACCCAAACGGUUGUUCUUCGGGAAGCAUAUGAUCGUCAUCGACUUGUUCAGAAACACCCGAUCUCUGAAAUCAGGGAGAGGUUUCGAUGUUUGAUGAAGGAAGGGUUUCUGGAUAAGAGCCGAGGGUUAUAUAAGAAACAAACUGCUGCCAAUUCCAAUUCCGGUGAAGAUGUUUGUGAAAAUGGGUUUGAAUCGGAGGGUCAUAUGUUUUCGGAUUAUGAAUCUGAUGAAACCGCUCAUCUUUUCCGAUUGUGUGAAUAGUCUUAAAUCUCCACACAAUCUGAUUCUGACAAAAUCCCAAAAAGUCUUUAAGGCAAUUGUCAAAGAUUACAGGAUCUACAAGAGCUUUCUUUAAAGAUAGAUAGACUCCAUUGUUUGUUGGGAGUUUUGCUAAGAAUAUUUAUGCUAGUGGAAAGAUUAAUUGAGGGUAUGAAUUGAACACUUGAAGAAGCUUAGAUACUUUAGUCUAGAUGUUUGUUGAUGUAAUUAAUAGCCCAAGAGAAAUGCAAGAACUGAUACUGAUAUAGGCCAUUGUCUUCAACAGUUUGUAUUUGUAAGCACCUUGGUGACACUUUACCUUGACAAAACCAUGGAUGUAAACCCUUAUGAUCAGAUUAAGAAACCAUGAACAAGAAGGAAAAGCAAGGGAUCUGUUAGAUUCCUUUAACAAUACUGCAAUACAGACACUUGUGACUUUUCCUACCAGGUGAUCUAAAAUUCUAACAGGGAAGAAUUGAUUUUUUUCUUUAAUUGAAACAAAAUUUUCAGAUUAACAAACGAGGAGCUACAAAAAUUUUGGGUUUGGCAUCCACGCAACCCAGCUGACUUUCAGUUUAUGAAAGAAUUGAUGUUAAAUGAAAUGAAAUAAAAUAAAGUCAACGCAAUGGUUUUGUGAUAGAAGGCUUGGGGAGGGUUACAUUUGCGAUUGUAAGAUUUUUCUUGGAUUUUGUUGGUGUGGUUCCAUGUGUAAUGUGUUAAAGUAGUCCAUGAAGUUUUGUAUGA